AUGGCGGAAAAUAUCGUUGUCGACCCUGAUUUUUACGUUCUGACAAAAGACUGGGAACCCCAGGACUUUCAGUCGGAAACCACUUCCAUUGCCUCGUCCAUCGCGAAGGGCCGGCUGGAAAAUGGCAGAAGCAGAUACCAGGCGAUGAAGGAAGAUGACUACUGGAGCCCUUCUGAUGAACAGCAAUUCGAUGCUUUUGAGAUUGGCCAUAUGGUAUUCCUUAUGCUAGACUACCACCAAGAAAAUCCUCUCCACCGCGCUCCCAUUGCCAAAUCUCCCAAGAAUAUCUUGGACAUUGGGACCGGUAAAGGGUCCUGGGCUAUUGAUGCUGCGGAUAUGUAUCCAUCUGCGACUGUUCGUGGUGUUGACAUAUUCCCUCCUCCUGUGACCUGGACGCCGCCUAACUGCGUGUUUGAAGUGGAUGAUAUCCUCCGCGAGUGGACUUGGAGAGAGCCGUUUGAUUUUAUUCAUCUUCGUCUAAUGCUGGGAGCAUUCACACCCGAGGGUUGGAAUCAACUAUACGAGCAAUGUUACAAGGCUCUCACUCCCGGCGGCUGGAUUGAACAGGUUGAAUUAGAUGUUCGAGUGUAUAGCGACGACGGCACCCUUAAAGAGGACAGCCAUCUGGCUGGAUGGGGAAACAAUUUCAUUGGCUGCUCCGAGAGAAGCGGCCGCUCCCUCCUAACCCAUGAAACGAUGCGAGGUGCAAUGGAGAAGGCCGGUUUCGUAGACGUGCACGAAAAAAUAUACAAGAUACCUUUGGGGCCUUGGCCAAAGGAUAAACGUCUCAAGGAGACUGGACAGCUUCAAUACCUCCAUUGGACUGCGGCUCUGGAGGGCUGGGCUAUGUGGCUUCUCACCAAGUUUGGAGCGCCAUCCCCUUGGACCAAAGAAGAGGUCCAGGUCUAUCUGGCCAAAGUUCGGGCCGAGUUGAGAAACCCUCACACACAUGCUUAUGAAUAUGCUCGCCGAGUCUGGGCAAGGAAGCCUACUGAGGAGGAAGCAAAGGCUGGAGUGAAUGUUAAGCCCGAGCCUUCGCCAUAA